ACCUCAAACUGGAAGUGCCUUCUGUAUUCCCAGCCAUGGGGUGUGCCUGUCUUGCUUCCAGAUUCGAGACUUGUUGGCCAGCUCUGGUGAAGGAUGCUCACGGGGUCGUCGUGGUCUUCAACCCUGGCUUGCCCAGCCACGUGAAGGAAAUCGAGAUGUGGCAUUCGUACUUUGUCCAGCAGCAGCAGCUGCUUGAGAGCCAGUGCUUGCUCAUUGCCCAUCGCAAGCCAGGCAGUGGGGGAGACCCAGAGAACCUCAACUUGCCUUCCCCACUCAACAGGUUGCAGCUGAUACACUCCAGCCUGGAAGAAGACCCGGAGGACAUCCGGAUGGAAUUUAUUAAGUACCUCAAGAACGUUACCAACUUGGUGAACGAGAACAGAGACCGUGAGGAGAUGCAGAUUAUCAAAGACAAGUAGGAGAAAGACAGUAAAUAAGACAAGAAGGGGGAAACCCCCACCACCACCCUGAUCUCUCUCUUUCUCUGUUUUUUUUUUAAAAGCAUGAACUUAACAUACCCACAAUUAAACAUGACGUUUUAGCCCCGUU